AUGGCACGAGCUCAAGCGUGCUGGCAAGCAGAGCUUGGGAUCCCCCGUCCUGCAUUUUCUGACGAGGAGUCCCAUCAGCUAGAUGUCAAAGAAGUGCAACGUUUGGAGACCCAGGCUCGACGCAUCUCACAGCAAGAACACUCCGCCACGGCUCGCGACGCGAUGGCACAAGCUCAAGCGUGUUGGCGACCGGAGCUCGGGAUCCCCCGGCCUGCAUUCUCUGACGAGGAGUCCCACCAGCUAGAUGUCAAAGAAGUGCAACGUUUGGAGACCCAGGCUCGAGGCUACUUACAGGAAGGAUGCUACGAUAUGGCUCGCAACAGGAUGGCACGAGCUCAAACGUACUGGCGAGCAGAGCUUGGGAUCCCCCGGCCUGCAUUUUCUGACGAGGAGUCCCAUCAGCUAGAUGUCAAAGAAGUGCAACAUUUGGAGACCCUGGCUCGAGGCUACUUACAGGAAGGAGACCACGAUACGGCUCGCAACAGGAUGGCACGAGCUCAAGCGUUCUGGCGAGCAGAGUUUGGGAUCCCGCGACCUGCAUUCUCUUUGGAGGAACAAAGACAGAUUGAAAGUACACCUCCUUUCGCGCAGGAUCUUACUUCCAGAGCAGCUCUCCAUGGUUUGGCUCGAAUUUUGGUAGUUUUAGAGGAAGAUUGUGCGAUAUGCCUUGACACGAUGAGCUUAGGCGAAAUAGAAGCACAGGGUCCGUGUGGGCACAUGUUUCACGACAAGUGCAUCAGCAAAUGGCUCAUGGGGCAGAGCGCGUGCCCACUCUGUCGUCAACCAUGCUAG